AGCUCGUUUCCGCCUCUCCCAAGAUGUCGGAGGAGCACCUCGCGGCGACUUCCAGUGAUGGUACCAUCGCAUGUCAGACCCCGCCUGCCUGGGUCAACGGUUCUCUAACUGGGCUUGGGCCCUUACUAGUCGACCACGGCUGCCAGACCAUGACCGGUGUGCUCAAGAGAGGUCCCAAGGUCGGUCCAGGUGAGGUGAGUAAAGUUGCCAAAGCCCGAGAUAUCAACGCUGGCUACUAUCCGGAAGUACGGAUCAUUCCAUUGAGGGCGAAGGACUAUACAUAUACGAUCCCAGCUGAAGGAGGGUUGGAUGCUGACCGUCAUAAAAUGAAGAACGAUGCCGCUAAAAGUAAGACGGCACAGAAGACCAAGUCGACUGAGAAGACAAAGUCGGCCGAGAAGACUAAGUCAUUGGAAAAGGUAAAGGCAGUUCCUGACGAGGCAACACUAGUCACCGAGAGUGUGGCUCUUGAGCAGCCGACUUCGCCCAAGAAGUCCGCAUCUGAGGAGGUGAAGGUUCCCAAAGUGUCUACUCCCCGAAAAGAUGUCAUCAUGUCUGAGAUGAGUGCAUUGGACAUCCUUCGUGGUGCUGAGGCCGCGCAGCCUCAUACCUCUACCGUCAUGCCCGAGGCUGUAUCACUCGAGGAGGCGCCACAGACGAGUCCAUCAUCUACUGCUGAGCGGCCAAGUGAAGUGAGGCAGGCGGAGCUUGAGGCAACAAUCGAAGACGAUGAUUCUUCUUCCUCUGGUGGGGAGGCCGACUAUAUAUUCAAGCUUCCCACGUUCGGCGAUGAUGAUGACGAUGACAAUAAUAGUGAGGCGGAUGUCGAGAUGUCGGCGACUGAGGAAGUUGAAUAUCUCACUACUCCGGCGGCAGUAGCACCCGAGCCUGUUAAGGUGAGUACACCACAGAAAAAAGCUUCUCCUACUAAGGCCCCUGCAGUGGAGCCUGUGGAAUCUGCUGUUGUUGUGUCGUCCCCUCGGAAAACGGUCGUGCCUGCUACGGAGAGUAGUAAUUGGUUGCUCAACGACGAUAGCAGCGACUCCAGCGAUUCUGAGGAGCAGUUUUUAUUCGAGGAAGCCGCGUCGAAGGCAAUGGCGAUGACUGAAGGUAAACCGGUUGGGGUUGUCGCAGUGAGUGAGGGAAAACCAGCUGAAGAGAAGACAGCGACGGAGAAAGCCGUGAUGGAGGAUGAGCCGGAUGAAUCAGUUGGGAAGGUGAAAGCAGCGACCAAGCAUGAACCGGUCGAGCAUCUUGAGGAGGUGGGAAAGGAUAAGUCGGUUGAAGAUGCUGAGGAAGAGCCGCCAGUUAAGAAGCGCAAGAAGUCUCCCAAGAAGAGUAAACCGGCGAAGGAGGCACCGACCUCAUCUACUGUCCCCGAGCCUGUACGGAAGAAGCUUAGUACGCCUAAGAAGUCCCGAAGGAAUUCGAUGGAGACUAGGGCUCCUGAUUCGACUCCUCUGGCCACUGCUGGCGGCCCGAGCAAAACCGAUUCGGUCAGUUCCGAAGACUUCGGCGUUGUUAUUCCAGAGUUCGGCGGAGAUGCUGAUGACGAGGCGCCUGCGUCGGCUGCUGAGGUGGUGAAGAAGACUGCACACGGUGCUGAUAAGACGACUUUGGCCAAGGCUACUGAGCGAGUUGCACAUGCAGCUAAGAACGAACAGGAGAAGGUUGACGGUGAAACGUCUCCAGUGCCUUCUGGAAGAUCCUCUAGGAAGUCGACCGGGCCCACUAUGGGUACUGUGGUGUCUGUUGAAGUCGGCAAUUUGAAGGGGCAUACGCCGCAAACCCUGUUCGAAGCCUUGGUGAAGAGCAUCGCCGAGAGCGGAGGCGACAAGUCCCAGCUGGUGGAGGUGUUCUGGCCUAGGAAGUCGCAGUUCGCCUUCCUUAACACCCGAGCGGGCAAGUCGCGAAGGUCGUCAUGGAUCGCCGAGGGCUCUAUCAUCGUUGACGGCCAGAAGUGUGAAGUUUGCAAGGUUGAAGAGAAGUCUCAGAAGCAUUCGGUUGCGCAGGAAAUGAAGGACUCUCGGUCCGACCCGGAGAGACACGCCGGUUGGACCCCUGAAGGCCCUCUCGAGGUGUCCAAGGAAAGCUCGGCGCCGUCGAAGAGUAAGGCGACUAAACGGAAGCGAGAAUCAGCAGUGGCCGCCUCGACUGAGACGGUUAGUAAGCCGCAAGUGUAUCGGGAUGAGAAGGUGUAUGAACAAGCAGUGGAGGCGUUACGGUCCACGCAGGGUCUUGUUACCAAGGGCUCGCUCCUGCAUAAGGCCGUUGCAGAGCUGCUGAAGAAAAAGGUGCCACAUGCUAGUGAGUGUGAAUUCGAGUUAAGUCAGGGGCAGGACGAGGUCGACCCCAAGGUCACUAUAAGGAAGGCUGACGGAUCUUCGGAGGUAUGGACGGCUGCGCAAGUGGCCGAAACCACCAAGACGGGUCACAAAGCUUCGUCUAGGAUGAGUGCUAAGAUGAGGAAGACUCGGCAGGCUUUGAAAAAGCGAGUGAAUAAGUAGGUGGUGCAGCUGUAGUUAUGUUAUCAUUAGUUAUGUCGAAUAGUAGUAGCAAUUGUAAGGCGGUGGAUAAUGCCCCGCUAGUUCCUCGGUAUCCUAGUCGAAGUCUCUUGUC